GUCUGAGAAAGUCGAUUUUCUUGGUGACAGAGCUGAAACCUGUGUUCCCAGUUUGACUAACCCAAGGACACAGAGUGUAGGUUAGGGGCUGCCUGAGCACUUGGCUCCUUUUUUUUUUUCUUACCAUCUUUAUAAAUUCCCUCAUUGUUUUAGUGGCUCUGUAGUUAAUUUUUUUCUAAUGAGACUAGGUUAACUAAAGUCAUCUGACAUGGAAAAGGAGGAGGUAUGGUUAAAAAGGAAGCUAAUUAGCAAGUUAAUUAUAGCAGGUAAAAAAGCGCACCGGUUAUAUAAAUAAGCUAUUGUUAUGCACAUGCAAGUUGGGCCUUGUCAAGGGACUUGUUAAGGUUUAGAGGUCAGAGGAUCCGUGUAAUUAGGUGUUUAGGGGAAAAAUAAUAAUAAUAAAAGCAAAACAGCCACCAGAAUUAGGAAUGGCUGAUGAGCCACUAACAGAAAUGCCUUAUUAAAUUGGGCUCUACUGCUGGAGGGGUCGUUGGAGUGCUUCAGGGUUUCCAGGGAAGGCACCACCACCAAAACAACGAAAAGAAAAGCUAGCUGGAACCAGAGCCAACAGAAUUGCUGAUGAGGAAAGUUUAAAGGCCUAGACACAAGGGCCCCUGGACUGGAGAGGUGGCAGCAGGGCUGGUGAUGUCACUAUGCUGAGCAACAAGAAGAAAUACAUUGUCAAUGGCAACUCUGGGAUUAAAGCCCAGCAGAUCCAGUUUGCUGACCAGAAGCAAGAAUUCAACAAACGUCCCACCAAAAUUGGACGUCGCUCUCUGUCUCGCUCCAUUUCUCAGUCAUCUACUGACAGCUAUAGCUCAGCUGCUUCAUAUACAGAUAGCUCUGAUGAUGAGACAUCUCCCAGGGACAAGCAGCAAAAGAACUCUAAGGGAAGCAGUGACUUCUGUGUCAAGAACAUCAAACAGGCGGAGUUUGGACGAAGAGAAAUUGAAAUUGCUGAACAAGAAAUGCCGGCACUGAUGGCUUUGAGGAAGAGAGCUCAAGGAGAGAAACCUUUGGCCGGAGCCAAAAUUGUGGGCUGCACACACAUCACUGCUCAGACUGCUGUGCUUAUGGAAACUCUGGGCGCUCUGGGGGCACAGUGCCGAUGGGCUGCCUGCAAUAUCUAUUCCACUCUCAAUGAAGUGGCUGCUGCUCUAGCAGAAAAUGGAUUUCCUGUGUUUGCCUGGAAAGGAGAGUCAGAAGAUGACUUCUGGUGGUGCAUUGAUAGAUGUGUGAAUGUGGAGGGCUGGCAGCCAAACAUGAUCUUGGAUGAUGGAGGGGAUCUUACUCACUGGAUUUAUAAGAAGUAUCCCAACAUGUUUAAGAAAAUCAAGGGCAUAGUGGAAGAGAGUGUUACUGGAGUCCACAGGCUGUACCAGCUAUCCAAAGCUGGGAAGCUAUGUGUUCCAGCCAUGAAUGUCAAUGACUCAGUCACCAAACAGAAAUUUGACAACCUCUACUGUUGCCGUGAAUCAAUUCUUGAUGGACUUAAAAGAACAACAGACAUGAUGUUUGGUGGGAAGCAGGUGGUAGUCUGUGGCUAUGGAGAGGUGGGGAAGGGGUGCUGUGCUGCCUUAAAAGCUAUGGGCUCCAUUGUGUAUGUAACUGAGAUUGACCCCAUCUGUGCUCUUCAAGCCUGUAUGGAUGGAUUUCGACUGGUGAAAUUAAAUGAGGUCAUCCGACAAGUGGAUAUUGUUAUUACCUGUACAGGUAACAAGAAUGUGGUAACCAGAGAGCACUUAGACCGUAUGAAGAAUAGCUGCAUCGUUUGUAACAUGGGACAUUCCAACACGGAGAUUGACGUGGCGAGUCUUCGGACACCAGAACUGACCUGGGAGCGAGUGAGAUCCCAAGUUGACCAUGUAAUAUGGCCUGAUGGCAAGAGGAUAGUGUUGCUGGCAGAGGGCCGUCUGCUAAACCUAAGCUGCUCCACAGUGCCUACAUUUGUGCUCUCGAUCACCGCAACUACUCAGGCUCUUGCCUUGAUAGAACUCUACAAUGCUCCUGAGGGUCGCUAUAAGCAGGAUGUCUACCUGUUGCCCAAGAAAAUGGAUGAGUAUGUGGCCAGCCUACACCUGCCCACCUUUGAUGCCCACCUGACCGAGCUGACAGAUGAACAGGCCAAGUAUCUGGGGCUCAACAAGAAUGGGCCCUUCAAGCCCAAUUACUACAGGUAUUAAGUUCCUGUAACUCAAGCCAGAAGAAGUUUUAAGGAAUAGAACUCCAAGUCUUUUCUCCACUCCUAUACAGGAAAGAACCCAGCAAGCUGCUUCUCCAGUCAGCUGCCUGCCGUGCUCACCCUAUAUGUUAGGUUAUUUAUUUAUUAACCUAAAUAAUAAAUGUCGCCUUGGCCCAGAGUGUGGUUGCUGUCCUGAGGGCUGUGAGAGCCGCAGAGGACAGGCUGAGGAAGGAAAGAAAUGGGGUUCCCAGUGGACCUUUUGAGUCAUUCCCCACUGACUCUGAAUCCUCAGCACUGGGCAUUGUUCUCUUGUCCAGGCUCAGGAGUUAGUCCAUGGAUUCCAGACUCCUCCUUCUCUGAGGUUUUCUGGAAUAAAUUUUUAGCAGCUGCCUUUCUCAGCUUUGUCCCUUCCCCAGGUGAGUCUUUUGGAAGCCACUGAAUUAACAUGGCCUGGGUUCCCAGCCUUGACCAUCACUAUCACUGCCUUCUUUAUAAAAUGGAAGGAAGGAAGGAGUGUUGUGGCUUUGGCAAGCUACACAAAGAACUCAGCUGUGCCUCUGUUUCCUGGGAGUCUCCUUCCUUACCCAGGACUCCUUUCUUCUCCUUGAAUAUUUAUGUCCCUUUUAACAAUUUCAGGUUCCAAGAGGAAUGUGCCUCUAUUAUUUCCUCAACAGCUCUGAUGUUUAUCAGACAUUUGUUUUGCCCUCUUUCUAACCCAACUAGCCUCUGCUCAGGAAGUGAGGGCCAGCCCCACUGGGGCCCAUAAUUUUACUUCCUUGUCAUUUAACUGGAUAAUUUCCCAGGAAGCUCCCUACAGAUUGGCACUGUCUCAGAAAAGGAGGCUUGUUGUGAAACACUGCUUCCUGAAACUUCCUCCUAUUGCCUAAAACUCCUUCUGAAACUGAGCAGGGAAAGGCUUACUUUCCAAGGGAUUUGGGAGAGCAGGGCUUCAGAAAUGCGACAGAUCUUUCAGACCCACAGCUCAACACCCUAAAGAAGCAGAAUAUAUUUAUUUGUCUCCUGGGAAGGGCUUUGCAGCUUAACUGGCUAAGCUAUACAGAGAUGACACCGUAAACUGAAUCCAGAUGAUCAAAGCUAGUUUGAACGUCGUCAGACAUUCAUCCCUUUGGCCAUUGCCAUUGAAUAUGAAACUGAGAUCUAAUGCCUCUGCAAUUUGGUCUGUGGUCUUUCUUCUCUGCUGGGAUAUCUUUUUAUGUUCUGGCCAUCUUGGGUUUCUGUAUUCCAGAGGUAGUUUCUUGAGUAACUCCAACAUUACAAAAAAUUUGUAAUGUGAGCAGCCUGAAAUUUUGUGUCCCACCUAAGAGUUGGAUUCCUUUUAGAGACUGACCUGUUGGUAUUAAGGGUUCCAUUGGGACCAGAUUGGUUCUAAGAGUUAAAGUCUGGAGUGGUCCUAGGAAUCUUAAAUGAAAUGAGUCCUUUUUCCCCCUGCUAACCCUGUUUAACACUCUCAGUUUUGUUUUUCCAUUUUUCCCCUAUCCUGGUCUGCCUCAAAGUCUCAAGACCAAGGUGACCCAAGGAAACACCAGACCACCCACGAUCACCAUAACCUUCCCACCCUAAUUCUGCUCUCCGAUUUCUACCUUCUCUAUCUUCUCCUGGUCUUCACAUAUACCCACAGAGCUAGUCUGGAAGUGACCUUCCCUUUGGAGGUAGGGCGGUGGAUCUUAGGUAAAUGGUUGUUUGCCUCACUAAAUAGUACACAGUCUCAGCCCAUAGAAUCUAGUUCCUCAGAGGCCGUAUGUCUUAGCAAGUACUGGAAAAAUGCCACAUGCGUGGCUAUAUUCUUUCAUGGAGAAGAUCAUAAAUGCUGAAAAUCCCACUAGGCCAUUCAAUUCUUCCUUUUGCCCACCCUGUUCUGGCUUUUGUUUUAAUUAAUUGAAUCCCUUUAACAGAAGAUUCAGAAGAUGAAAUUUGUGUCUCAUCUUAUAUCCAGAGAAGAUUCCAUUAGGCAGAUAUCUGGACUCUAGCUUAUUAUGUUCUUAAGCCAAAGUCAUAACCUGCUGUUUCUCAGCAAAGCCUGGCUGCCUGUGGAGCUUACUAUGUGCUGAUCCUGACAGGACAUACUCUGCCUUGAAAAUGUGAAGAGACCCAUUCCAAAUGAAAAAGAGCCACACUGGGCUUCUAGGUUAGGUUGCCCAUGUUGCUACCCAUGGUGAGGUAUUUGCCUCUGAGUUUCAGGUGACCACUCUUCGUCUCUUUCUGGGGACUCUGUGUCAUAACCAUUAAGGAAAAGGAGGUCCAGGCCUCCUGAGUAUUUGGGUUCUACCUUGGUGUUGGAAUUUGGUUGUUAUUCUUUCUGCCCGUGUAAUCAGAACAAAUGCAUCUUCUUCCCUCGAGCUCUCACCUCAGAUGCAUCCUAGGUAUCUGGAAGCAUGGGAAAGAAGACUAAUUAGCUCUUUAUAUGUGACCCUGGCCUGUGGGGAAUCUUACCAUUUUCUCUGCAGUGAAUUUGUGCUAGUUUUCAAGGUUUUUUGCCUUCUUAAUGGAAAUACUGUUUUCUUUUUCUCAUUUAAAAAAAAAGUAUCUGGUCUACCUUUCCUCUGCCCUCCGACCUCCUCGUCCUCCCCUCCCAUAUGAGCACGGCUCCCCAUGGCCACAUACUCCUGCAAAGCUUUUUUGCUGCUUGGCUUUUCUCUGAACAGAUCUGAAAUUGCUGCUCCUGUGGUUUUCUCAAAAUUAACUUUGUCAUGGUUUUAAAAAAGAAAUCAAAAUGCAUUGUUGCAUUAAGCUUUUUUAAUAAAGGAAAAUUACAGGAAAAAAUAGGCAACACCAGCAAAUUAUAUGUGGACAAGUUCUAAACUAUAUAUACAUACAUAUAUAUGUAAAAUCAUCUAGUUCUCAUUGUCAUCUUACUGAAAGGAAAUAAAACCUCUAAAGAUUGCCAUAUCUGAGAGGCUCUUGGAAAUCUUUAUGUCUAAGUGAUUGUAUUAGAUCAGCAAUAAUGAAUAUGUAAUCUCAAAAGAUAAAUAAAAUAUUCUUAAAAUGGAUUCUUGUACUGA